AUUUUUGAUAAAAAACGGCGGAAACUUAUUUAUACUCUUAAUAUUUUUUGCGAUAAAAUACUGUACAGUUUUUCCAGGGAGGUGGAAUAUUACAUAUGCUUCUAAAAGCAUUAAUAUUAUUAUUCCGGCUUCAUGAUUUUAUUUCAAGUCCAACGAAUAUGCGGCGCGACAUAUAAACUUUCUAUUUUUAGAAACAAUAAUUUGUUACAUUGGAUUAUUGUUGACGAAAUUAAAACACGAGAUUAGAAGGCUUAUGUUAGUCAUAGCGGUUCUUGGUGCUGAAUAAUAAUUUUUUAAUUUUUAAUUUUACAAAUUUCAACUCAAACUGCGCGUUGCAUAUUUGUCGGACUUGAGAAACAGUCAUGAAGCUGAAAUAGUAAUAUUAAUGCUAUAAGAAGCAUAUACUUCUUUCCCGGAAAAACUAUAUUGUUUUAUUGUGAAAAAAUAACACCUUAGUCCAGGGUUUGAACUUGGAUCUUCCGAAUUCUGUGUGGACGUCCUACUUUCGACAACUAUGCUAACAAUAAGUAAUACGACGCUCACACGGAAUUUAGAGCCCGAUUCGAACCCUGGCUGAGAUGUUUUUUUUUGCAAUAAAAUAAUUUACAGUUUUUUUGGGAAGGGGGGAUAUUAUAUAUGCUCUUUACAUAAUAGUAUUAAUAUAACUAUUCCGGCUUUAUGACCGUGUUUGAUAUCCGACAAAUAUGCAGCGCGCAGUUCGAGUUGGAAUUUAUAAAAAUUAAAAAUUAUUAUUUGACACUAAGAACCGCUAUGACAGGCCUUUUAGUCUCGGGUUCUAUUCUUGUGUUUUAAAUUCAUCAGUCCAAUAUAACUUAUUAUUAUUUAAAGGAGGAUGUGUAGUAGUAGUAGUAGUAGUAGUAGUAGUAGUAGUAGUAGUAGUAGUAGUAGUAGUAGUAGUAGUAGUAGUAAUAGUAGUAGUAGUAGUAAUAGUAGUAGUAGUAUAUCUUAUGAUUCCUUUGAGGUGACAUAUAAUUAUAGGCCAAUUUACAUCUAAUUUAACCUACCUUUACUCUAAUCUUACACUAAUAUCGCCUCGCACGCGUGCCCUGACUGUCCCGCCGUUACUCUUUGCUUGUUUAUAACUUAAUGCGCCUCUCUCUCUCUCUCUCUCUCUCUUUCUCAUUGCCGCAACCCUAGGGACUUCCGUUUCCGUUUACAAACCUUUGCUCUCUCUUUCCCUUUACUCACUUCCUCCGUCACACUCACACCUCUUAUUCCUAUACUCUUCUUCUCCCUCCCUUACCAUCCACAUCCUCCCCUUCCCUUGUUCAAUCUUUCCCCUUCCCCCCUCUCCUCUGAUUCUCUCCUCUUCCACCUCCCUCAACCAUCCCUCCUUCUCUCCUUUCUCUCCUAAAAUUCUUCCACACGCCUCCUGUCAUGUCUUCUCCCCUCCCUCUUUCCAUGCUCUGCACUUCCCCCAUAUGUGUUCCCAGGAUUCCAAGUGGCCCUCACAUAACCUGCACAACUUUUUAUCUUCCUCCUCCCAAUAUCUUCCUUCUAACAUUUUGUUUUCCAGCCUGAAUCUUACUAAUCUUUUCUACCUACUCUUUUCCCAGUCCAUUUCUAAAUAUUUUGGAAUACCCUCUCCUUUUACUCUUCCGUACCAUCUGCUAAACCUCCCGUUCCUAAUCCUUUUUCACCUCUCCUCUCUUUGGUUUUCUCUAUCCCUUCUUUCUAUCUUAUCAAAGUCUACUCUUUCUGUCUUUCUCCUUCUCUUUCAGUCCAGUGCUUCCACUCCCCUCUCCCUAAAAAAACUGUCCCUCUCCCUCUCCCACUUUGAUCCUUCCUUUCUCUUUCCCAUCCUUUCCUUCAUCUCUUCUAAACACAUCCUUGCUAACAAGCUUUCCCCCCUCCCUCCAAUCUCUCUUUAAACCCCCAAGAAGCUCUCUUCCCUGCUCUACCUCUCAACUUCUCUUUUUGCGUUUCUUUUCUCACUAAAUACCCUGGCGUUUUUCCUUCUACACUCAACACCCAUCUCAAAUACCUUUCGUGUAAUCUCUCUACCCCCUUCCUCUUCUUCCAUCCCCAGAUUUCCACUCCGUAUUCCAUUACCGUCCACACUAAGGUAUUGAACAGCCAUACUCUCCUUUUUCAAUCCUUCCCAAAUUUCCUCUUUUCAAUACCCCACACUUGUCCCAUAACUGCUGCCCUGUCUUUUAUCUGUGCUUCCUGCCCUCCCUCCCAUUCCUUUGAAACAUGUACUCCAAAUAUUUAUACUCUUUUACUUCCUUUAUCUUCCUUUUUCUUUUCCAUCUCCAUUCAACUCAUCCUACUAUUUCCCUUCCUAAACAUUAACACUUGUUUUCUCUACAUUUACUUUUAAACCUUUCCUAUCCAUAAACUUUUUCAACCACUCCAACAUACUUUUUAUUUCUCCCUCCCCCUCCGCCAGUAACACCACGUCAUCCGCAUACGACAAUGUAUAUACCCUAACCCUCCUGUCUUCACCUUUCCCUAUUUCACCCUUUCCAUCUCUUCUUCUAAGUCCGCUACUAGCAAGUUGAAUAAGAUGGGGCUCAAUGGACACUUCUUGCUGUCUAGAAACCUUUUCCUACUUCUCCACUUAUUCUUAUUCUGCUCUUCGUUUCCCUCAAGACCUCUGCCACCCUUUCCACCAACCCCUCUCUUGCCCUUUUUUCUCUCAUUGCUUUUAGCAAAAUUCUUCUCUCCCUAAAAAUACUGUCCUUCUCCUUCUCCCACUUCGAUCCUUCCUUUCUCUUUCCCUUCCUUUCCUUCAUUUCUUCCAAACACAUCCUUGCUAACAAGUUUCCCCUCUCCCUCCAAUCUCUCUUCAAACCCCCAAGCUCUCUUCUCUGCUCUACGUCUCAACUUCUUUUUUGCGUUUUUUUUCUCACUAAAUAAUCUGGCGUUCUUCCCUCUACAGGGAAUCAAACGCAGCUCUCAGCUCAACAAACAUUGCUACCAUUUUCCUUCCCUUUUUUUCUAUCUACCUAUUCACUAAAUAAUUUAAAACGUAUAUAUUAUUCAGUGUCCCCAUUCUCUUUCUGAAUCCCGUUUGAUUCGGUGGAAUCAACUCUUUUCUCUCCACUUCCUCCUUUAGUCUUUUUGCCAAUGCUGCCGUAUAAAUCUUAUACAUCGUCGGCAUGAUCGUCACCCUCCUAUAAUCCCUCACUACUUUACCCUGUCCCAUCUUCAAUAUUGGCACUAACAACCUUUCAUUCCAAUCCUUUUGCCAUCUUUCACCCCGCCAAAUCUUAUUGUACAUUUUCCAAAUCCAUUCAUCUAUCUCCUUUCCUCCAUAUUUCCAAGCCUCCCCCGGCACCUCGUCCAUCCCUAUCGCCUUUCCAUCCUUUAUCUUUCUCAAUACUUCAACUAUUUCCCCUCUAUCCAACUCACUCUCCUCCUCCAGCCUCUCCUUUCUUUCCAUCUCUUCCCCAUCACCCUCCUUUCUGUUCCUCCCAUCAGUCUCUUAAAGUAUUCUUCCCAUUCCUCCAUUCUUAUCUCUCUGUCUAUCCCCUUCCAUUUCUUCCUUUCUCUAUUUACAAUCCUCCACACUUGCCCCACCGAUUUUGCCUUCUUCGCCUCUCUUUCCCAUCUCCUGUUUUCCCUUUUCUUCUCCUUGCAUAUUUCCUUAUAUUCCCUCCUUUCUUUUCUAUACUCUUGCCCCUCUCUCCACCUUCUCCACUCUCUUAGUGUUUUUCUAAUCUUUCUCUUCUUCUCCCUGCACUCCUCAUCCCACCAACCUCUUCCCUUUCUUUUCACUAUUCUUCCCUUCUCUUUUUUCCAGCGUCUCUCUUAUUCCCCUUCCUACGUCUUUUAUUCCUUCUUACACCCCUUCUUUUACCUCUAUUCUUCCUAAUUCCCUCCUAAACCGUUCUCUACCCUCUUCAUCCCAUCUUCCUCUAUGUCCUAUUUUGCAUUUUCUUUCUUUCUGUUUUUUCUUUUUUUUCUCCCUCUUUUAAUCUUACUACCACUGGAUGAUGAUUCGAAUCUAUUUGAUCCCCUACCUCUAAGCUUUUUAUCUCUUUCUCCACACCUUCAUUUACUAAAAUAACAUUAAUUACUGAUUUUUUUCUACUCCUUGAAUAUGUCCAGUUACCCUCCUCAUCCCCGCUUAUUCCCUCGUUUAUAAUCCACCAUCCCUUUUCUCUUAUAAACUCUAUCAACUUUCUUCCCUCCUUAUUCACCUUCUUAUACAUUGACUUUUUCUCUUUCUCCUCCUUCCCCCACUCAUCUUCACUUAGUUUUUUUCCCUCCUCUCCUGUCCUAGCAUUAAAAUCCCUCCCCCCCACAUAUUGUUUUUAUCCCUUCUUUUCUUUCCUCCAUCCAUCCUCUCAGGCUUUCUAAUUUCUCUCCCAAAUUCUGGUUCGCGUACACUCUCACUACUCUUAAUUGCCCCCUCCCAUACUUAAUCUCCCCUUUAUAAUCUCUUUUUCCUCUCGGUCAUCUUUAUCCCUUUCCACCAACUCUCUCUUAAUUCCUAGCAUCAUACCCCCUAUUGCUCUUCCUUUCUUAUUCUUCCUCUUCGCCCAUUGUACCUUCCACUCAUAUCCUUUCGGUGACUUUCCUUCAAUAUAUUUCCAUCCCUUUUCCUUUAUCCACGUUUCUGUCAAUACCAUCACUUCCCCUUUCCAAUCUUUUCCAAAUCUCCUUAUCCUUAUUUCUCAAACCUGCUACAUUCCAAAAACCUAUAUUGACUCCUUCCUCCUUUUCCCCCUCUAUUCUUCUUUCUGUUUUCCUUCUCCCUUUUUUUUUCUCUUUUUUCUUCCCCUUCCCUCCUCUCUCCACUCCCGUGUUUUUCUUAUCUGUCUCCGAAACUCCCUCCUCUCCCCCAAUUAUUCCCCCUGUCUUUGUCUCCUUUCUUUCACCUUAUUUUUUUCUCCUUCCCCUUUUCCACUCUUCCCCCUUUCUCUUUCCUUAUCCCCAUCCCAUUUUCUCCCUUUCCUAUCUCUCAAUUCCUCUUUUUAUUCCACCUCCACCAUAUCCUCUCUAUCCAAAUUCCCCCUGACCUACUCUUACUCUCUUUCCUUUUAUUUUGUCACUAACUGCUAUCCUUCUCAGUCUCCAUCUUGUUGUUCUUUCUUCCCAUGUCAGGUUUUCAUCUAUCCAAAUUCCCCUUCCCCUCUUUAUUUUCCAUUUAUUUUCUAAAAUCUCCCUCUUUAUUUUUUCUUUCUCUAUUGUCAUUACUAACAUACAUCCACCCUUUCUCCUGCUCACUUCUAUUCUCCUUAUCCCCUUUACCUUAGCCUUGCUUCUUAGUCUUAGCUCACUAAACAGCUUCUCUAAUUCACCUUUUAUCGCCCCCCUCCUUUUUUUUCAAUCUUUUACUAUCACGUUCCUUCUCUUGCUCUCUCUCUCUCUUCCAUCUUUUUUCUAGCUUCCUUACUCUUUCCUUUCAUUCUCCUUUCUCCCCCUCCCCACCCUUCCUCUCUAUCCUUUCUUCUUUUUUCCUAUCCAACUCCCUCCAUCUCUCCAAAUUUCCCUCUUUAAUAUCUUCUAACUCUUUUCUUAACUUUCCAAUUUUUUCUACUAACUCCCCUCUCUUUCUUUUAUGAUGAUGUGAGCCUCAAUUCCUUUUAUUUUCUGCACUUCUUUUUUUAGUGUCUUCUGCCCUUCCCCUGUUCUCUUUAUUUUCUCCUUUACUCCCUCCAAACUUUUCUUACUUUUAAUUUUAAUUCCUCUCUCAAAUUGGUAAACAGCCCUUUUAUUUCUCUGUCUAACCUCUCCUCCCCCUUGCGGCGAUCUGACCGUCUGAUUACUCCUUUUAAAUAUCUCUGCUUCCUCCUUGUCUCCUAAUGAGUCUCUACCUAACAACUCUCUUUUUCUUUUUACGUGCUCCUCUAUGUCCCCAGCGCUCUCUAAUAUCUCUCUUUUCACUCUCCUCUUUAUAUUUUCUAUUGCACAUUUUAAGAUCUGUGCUUUGUCACGCUCCUUAUUUACCGCGUUAUCCUCUCUCUUUAUUUUCUAUACUUUAUGCCCAAGGCCUUUCCUCGAUAAAUUUCUUAGACUCCCCGUCUCACUUUCUUCUUACCUAUCUCCUAACCUCACCUCACUAUUGCCCGACUUUCCUCCCUUCCCUAUUACUUUAACCCCUUUAGCCCUCUCUUUACUCCUCCACCCCUCUCGUCUUGCCCUCUAACCCCUCUCACACACUCGCUCUCGCCACUUCAAUCCACCUCUCACAAUUACACUUUUCACUCAACCACGCUGUCAACUCAAGCCUAACCGACCAGAAGCGGAAGUCCCAAGGAUGAUGUGUAAAAGUAGCUAAUUUUGGCCCCAACUGGAAAGUAAAAUUUGUAUGUUUUUUUUAGUUAUUAAGCUGCAGAUUCACGUGGUGCAAUUAAUUUUCCAUGAACAUGAUGAAAACAUGUAAAAAUGUGAAAGCAACAUUUGACAGAGCUCAAAAUGCAGACAAUAAAAUGCGUAGUAGUUGGAGAUGGAGCAGUUGGUAAAACUUGUUUAUUAAUUUCUUAUACUACGAAUAAAUUUCCAUCGGAAUAUGUUCCGACAGUAUUUGACAAUUAUGCAGUUACCGUGAUGAUUGGUGGUGAGCCAUAUACAUUAGGAUUAUUUGAUACAGCUGGUCAGGAAGAUUACGAUCGUUUACGUCCAUUAAGUUAUCCUCAAACUGAUGUAUUUCUUGUAUGCUUCUCAGUUGUGUCACCGUCAUCGUUUGAAAAUGUUAAAGAAAAGUGGGUACCAGAAAUAACACACCAUUGUCAGAAGACACCAUUUUUAUUGGUUGGUACGCAAAUCGAUUUACGGGACGAUGCAGCGACUAUUGAAAAACUAGCAAAAAAUAAACAGAAGGCCAUUUCGAGUGAACAAGGGGAAAAGCUUGCUAAGGAAUUAAAAGCUGUAAAAUAUGUUGAAUGUAGCGCUCUUACACAGAAAGGACUGAAGAAUGUCUUUGAUGAAGCAAUAUUAGCGGCUUUAGAGCCACCAGAACCUGUUAAAAGAAGAAGGUGUAUUAUUUUGUAGAAAGUAUAUAACUUUUUUUAUAAAACUGUUAGUUCUAUCGUAAUAAAGACUGUAAGUUUCAUAUACACUGCAUGCGAAAGUUUUACAAUGACAAUUGUUAAAUCCUAAGGCGUAGAAUAAGUAUUUUAUAUCAUUGGCGGUAUAUAUAUGGCAUAUGAAGCAAUCUUUAUAUUGGCAUUAUGAAUUUUAUAAUUAUAAAAUUGUAAUUCAAUUAUUAAAUUAUAUUUUUGUUUUGUAUAGUGGAUAUUAUACCAACAUAUUCUUACAUUAUUCUGUAUAUUUCUGUAUUUGUAUUAUGGUGAUCAAAUGUACAAAUUGUCUUACACAGAAUGUUAAUGAGAGAUUUAAAAAAUUGAGAGAGAUUUAAUAUAAUAUUUGAAUCGUUAAAAAAUAAAAUAGUUUUGCUGAAUAUAAACUGUUUCACAAAGUAAAUUAUAUGUUUUGUAUAAUUUCAUGAGAAAUGUAAUAUGACAUACACGUAUAUGCAAGAGUGUAAUACUAUUGGUUUCUGUGUAUUUUCCAAUAUAUUUUGUAUAUUAAUAAAAAUUGUUUCGUUUUUCUUUGAAGU